AAUAGCUACAGAUUCUCCAUCCUCAGUCUUUGCAAGGGGACGGCUGUGCCAGCCGAGCGGACAGGCUCCUGGCAGCAUGGCAGCGAAGCUCGGGGCCCUCCUGCUGGUCCUCGCGCUCAGCCUGGUGCGGCCAGCCUCGGCUGGCCGGAAGCUCCUGGUGUUUCUGCUGGAUGGUUUUCGCUCAGACUACAUCAGUGAUGAGGCCCUGGAGUCCUUGCCCGGUUUCAAAGAGAUUGUGAGCAGGGGAGUGAAAGUGGAUUACUUGACCCCAGACUUUCCCAGUCUCUCUUACCCCAAUUACUACACCCUAAUGACUGGCCGCCAUUGUGAGGUCCAUCAGAUGAUUGGAAACUACAUGUGGGACCCCAGCACCAACAAGUCAUUUGACAUUGGUGUCAACAGAGACAGCCUGAUGCCUCUCUGGUGGAAUGGAUCAGAACCUCUGUGGGUCACUCUGACCAAGGCCAAAAGGAAGGUCUACAUGUACUACUGGCCAGGCUGUGAGGUUGAGAUUCUUGGUGUCAGACCUACUUACUGCCUAGAAUAUAAAAAUGUCCCAACGGAUAUCAAUUUUGCCAAUGCAGUGAGCGAUGCUCUUGACUCCUUCAAGAGUGGCCGGGCCGACCUGGCAGCCAUCUAUUAUGAGCGCAUCGAUGUGGAAGGCCACCACUACGGCCCCUCCUCACCGCAGAGGAAAGAUGCCCUGAAGGCCGUAGACAGCAUCCUGAGGCACAUGACCAAGUGGAUCCAGGAGCUGGAGCUGCAGGACAACCUGGACGUUAUCAUCUUCUCGGACCAUGGGAUGACUGACAUUUUCUGGAUGGACAGAGUGAUCGAGCUGGACAAGUACGUGAGCCUGAGCGACCUGCAGCGAGUGAAGGACCGAGGGCCCGUCGUGAGCCUCUGGCCAGCCCCCGGGAAGCACUCCGAGGUAUAUAACAAGCUGAGAGCCGUGGAACACAUGACCGUCUACGAGAAAGAAGCCAUACCCAGCAGGUUCUAUUACAAGAAAGGGAAAUUCGUCUCUCCUUUGACCUUAGUGGCUGAUGAAGGGUGGUUCAUAACUGAGAAUCGAGAGUCACUUCCAUUUUGGAUGAACAGCACUGGCAGGAGAGAAGGCUGGCAGCGUGGGUGGCAUGGCUAUGACAAUGAACUCAUGGACAUGAGGGGCAUCUUCCUGGCCUUUGGACCCGAUUUCAAAUCCAACUUCAGAGCCGCUCCAAUCAGGUCCGUGGAUGUCUACAACAUCAUGUGCAACGUGGCAGGCAUUGCUCCCCUGCCCAACAAUGGGUCCUGGUCCAGGGUGAUGUGCAUGCUGAAGGGAGAGGCUGACUCAGCUCCGUCUGUCCGGCCGAGCAGCUGUGUUCUGGUCUUGAUUCUACUCCGACUGUUUGCAUAGACGCUGCUAUCGUUGUCCCCAAACAGCCAAGUGUGCUCCACGGUGCAAUGGUUUUCAUUUUCUAUUUGAAUAACAGCUUCAUUAACACAAUCGAGGCCACAAAAAUUGUAAAUAUACUGCUCUUGGAUGAUUCCAUACAUAAAAGUCCCUACUUCUUAAAAAAAUUUUUUUUUUCUUUAAUGUUAAUUUUUGAGAGAGAGUGUGUGACCAGGGGAGGGGCAGAGAGAGGGAGACACAGAAUCCGAAGCAAGUUUUGGCUGUCAGCACAGAGCCCAACACGGGGCUGGAACCCACGAACCUCGGGAUACGACCUGAGCCGAAACCAAGAAUUGGACGCUUAACUGAGCCACCUAGGUGCCCCAAAAGUCCCUACUUCCUUUAAAAAAACC